UGAUGUUUUUUUCCCUGUACAGAUACACCCAGUAUCACAGCUAAGCUAAUUAAUGAACAAAAGGAAGAUAAAGAAAAGAAGAACUAUGAAGAAAAAGAAAAAGUUAAGGCAGAAAAUGGGUUCCAGGACAAUUAUAGUGUUGUUGUUGCUUCUGGUUUGAAAUCUCAGUCAAAAAGAGCUGUUUCAUCUACCCCUCCACGUCCACCCUCAAGACGAGGAAGAGUAAUGGCAGAUAAAGUAGGUACCUCUUCCUCAGGAGCAGAAUCUUCCAGCAAGACUAUUAGCGUUCCAGUUUUCCAUCUCUACCAUAAACUUCUACCAGGCCAGCCAUUACCUGCUGAAAUGACUCUUGCCCAGCUUCUGACUCUCCUGUAUGACCGUAAACUCCCUCAAGGAUACCGAUCAAUAGAUUUGACAGUUAAGCUUGGAUCCAAAGUAAUCUCAGAUCCAAGCUUAUCGAAAACAGACUCAUUUAAACGUCUUCAUACAGAAAAAGAACAUACAGAUUUACUGGGUCCUUGUCCCGAAGAUGAAGCUAUCAGUCCUGGGGAUGAGUGCAUGGAUGCAGUGUUAGAUGAAUCACUUCUUGAAACUUGUCCCAUUCAGUCUCCACUGCAAGUUUUUGCAGGGAUGGGUGGAUUGGCCCUAAUUGCAGAAAGACUCCCUAUGCUUUAUCCUGAUGUAAUUCAGCAAGUGAGCACUCCAGUUGUUACAUCAACCACACAGGAAAAGCAGAAGGACAGUGAUCAGUUUGAAUGGGUUACCAUUGAACAAUCAGGAGAAUUGGUGUAUGAAGCACCAGAAACAAUUGCUGCAGAACCUCCACCGAUCAAGUCAACAGUUCAGACAAUGUCUCCCAUACCUGCACAUUCUUUGGCUGCCUUUGGUUUAUUCCUUCGUCUCCCGGGCUAUGCUGAGGUGCUGCUAAAAGAACGGAAACAUGCUCAGUGUCUGUUGAGAUUGGUGUUGGGAGUUACAGAUGAUGGUGAAGGAAGUCAUAUCUUACAGUCUCCUUCAGCAAAUGUGCUUCCAACCCUUCCCUUCCAUGUGUUGCGCACUUUGUUCAGCACUACACCGUUGACCACCGAUGAUGGAGUACUGCUUAGACGAAUGGCACUGGAAAUUGGGGCUAUACAUCUUAUCCUUGCUUGUCUGUCUGCUCUAAGCCACCAUGCACCAAGGGUUCCCAAUGCUAGUCCCAACCAGGCAGAGCCACAGGUAUCAAGUACACACAACAGUGCUUCAACAGAAGAACAGCAGUUGUACUGGGCUAAGGGUACAGGCUUUGGAACGGGCUCCACAGCUUCAGGAUGGGAUGUUGAGCAAGCUUUGACUAAACAAAGGCUAGAAGAAGAGCAUGUGACCUGCCUUCUACAGGUUCUUGCCAGUUACAUAAAUCCUGCAGGGAGUACAUCGAAUGGAGACACUCAGACUAGCCAUGAGGGUAGAGGACAGAACAGCAGCGCUUUGCCAUCCGUUCUCCUGGAGCUACUCAGUCAGUCUUGCCUCAUUCCAGCAAUGUCAUCAUACCUCCGCAAUGAUUCAGGUAAUGUGCCAUUCUUUCCUUCUAGAACCAAGGUACUUAACUCUGUCAAAUAAGCAGAAUAAGGAAAC